UCCCGCGCUUGGCGCAGCAGGAAGCGGCGGCGGUAGCGGCCCGAGCUCCCGGCGCCGGCCUCGGCCCCAGAUCCUUUCCUGCUGCAGCCAUGCUUGACUUUUUCACCAUCUUCUCCAAAGGUGGGCUUGUGCUCUGGUGUUUCCAGGGCGUGAGCGAUUCCUGCACCGGGCCUGUUAACGCGUUGAUUCGCUCCGUGCUGCUGCAGGAACGGGGAGGUAACAACUCCUUCACUCAUGAGGCCCUCACACUCAAGUAUAAACUGGACAACCAGUUUGAGUUGGUGUUUGUGGUUGGUUUUCAGAAGAUCCUAACACUAACGUACGUAGACAAGUUGAUAGAUGAUGUGCACCGGCUGUUUCGGGACAAGUACCGCACAGAGAUCCAACAACAAAGUGCUUUAAGUUUAUUGAAUGGCACUUUUGAUUUCCAAAAUGACUUCCUGCAGCUCCUUCGUGAAGCGGAGGAGAGCAGUAAGAUCCGUGCUCCCACUACCAUGAAGAAAUUUGAAGAUUCUGAAAAGGCUAAGAAACCUGUAAGGUCCAUGAUUGAAACACGAGGAGAAAAGGCCAAAGAAAAAGCAAAGAACAGUAAAAAAAAGGGGGCCAAGAAAGAAGGUUCUGAUGGCCCUUUGGCUACCAGCAAAACAGCCCCUGCAGAAAAGUCAGGUCUCCCAUUGGGGACUGAAAAUGGAGAACUUUCUAAAGAGGAGCUAAUACGCAGGAAGAGAGAAGAGUUCAUUCAGAAGCAUGGGAAGGGUCUGGACAAGUCCAGCAAGCCUACGAAGUCAGAUGCUCCAAAGGAGAAGGGUAAGAAAGCACCCCGAGUGUGGGAACUGGGAGGCUGUGCUAACAAAGAAGUGUUGGAUUAUAGUACUCCUACCACCAAUGGAACCCCAGAAGCUUCCCUGUCUGAGGAUAUCAACUUGAUUCGAGGAACUGGGCCUGGCAGUCAGCUUCAAGAUCUGGAUUGUAGCAGCUCAGAUGAUGAAGGUGCCACUCAGAACUCCACAAAACCAAGUGCUACCAAGGGGACUCUAGGUGGCAUGUUUGGGAUGCUGAAGGGCCUAGUGGGUUCUAAGAGCCUGAGUCGUGAAGAUAUGGAAUCUGUGCUGGAUAAGAUGCGUGAUCAUCUUAUAGCUAAGAAUGUGGCUGCUGACAUUGCUCUCCAGCUUUGUGAAUCUGUUGCCAACAAGUUGGAAGGGAAAGUGAUGGGGACAUUCAGCACGGUGACUUCCACAGUCAAGCAAGCUCUACAGGAGUCCCUGGUACAGAUUCUGCAGCCACAGCGUCGUGUAGACAUGCUUAGGGAUAUCAUGGAUGCCCAGCGUCGCCAGCGCCCGUAUGUUGUCACGUUCUGUGGUGUGAAUGGAGUGGGAAAGUCUACUAAUCUUGCCAAGAUUUCCUUCUGGCUUUUGGAGAAUGGCUUCAGUGUCCUCAUUGCUGCCUGUGAUACCUUUCGUGCUGGGGCUGUAGAGCAGCUGCGCACACACACUCGGCGCCUGACUGCCUUACAUCCCCCCGAGAACCAUGGUGGCCGCACAAUGGUGCAGUUGUUUGAAAAAGGCUAUGGCAAGGAUGCUGCCGGCAUUGCCAUGGAAGCUAUUGCCUUUGCACGUAACCAAGGCUUCGAUGUGGUAUUGGUGGAUACAGCUGGCCGCAUGCAAGACAAUGCUCCCCUGAUGACUGCCCUGGCCAAACUCAUUACUGUCAAUACACCUGACUUGGUGCUGUUUGUAGGGGAAGCCUUAGUAGGCAAUGAAGCCGUGGACCAGCUGGUCAAGUUCAACAGAGCCUUGGCUGACCAUUCUAUGGCUCAGACACCUCGGCUCAUUGAUGGCAUUGUCCUUACCAAAUUUGACACCAUUGAUGAUAAGGUGGGAGCUGCUAUUUCUAUGACAUACAUCACAAGCAAACCCAUCGUCUUUGUGGGCACUGGCCAGACCUACUGUGACUUACGCAGUCUCAACGCCAAGGCUGUAGUGGCUGCCCUCAUGAAGGCUUAAUGUGUCUCUUGCCUAAUACCAAAUUGCCGCUUGUCCCAAGUCCCUACUCCGGUGUCAAGAAUGUGCUUUAGACUAUGUGAGCAAUUUGUCUUCAAGUGUAGUACAAAGGCAGAGUGAGGAGGGAACUCCAAGGACUUGAAGAUCCCUCUAAUCCCACUCCCCGUUUAGCCCAGCCUCUGUCUUUAAGGAGGGCCUAAUCAUGUUACAAUCACUGCCCAAUGACCCUUCUCCCCAUGAGCCUUCCUCUUCCUACUCAGGCAUCCCCUUCACUCUGCUUACAGACUCAGUCUCGUUACAGCUUUGACCAAUGGUUGGAAAACUCAGAGUUUUGCUAAUUAGUGUGAUCACAAAGCCACCUGUGCUAUGGAGCAGUUUGAAGCCCCUCGCUCCAUUGGGUUCAGAGGUGUCCAAAGCCAACUCUGGGUCUUGAAUGGCAUCCCCUCCCUCAAAUACACAGCUUUCAGGUCCCUGGUGCCAGGAAGACAACCACCUCACUUGGCAGUACAUGGUGGCCCAUUCUUAAUUGCUGCUAAUUCUAUAUCUGAUAAACUCCUACCCCAUUUUUGCCCCAAAGCCACACUUCCCCUCUCAAAGGGAGCUGAGUUGCAGUGUUACAUAGGCUUCUCAGACGUCCAACUCUUCCCCACUACCAGAAUCCAGAGUAAGCUUUGCAUGUCCACCUUCUUGGGAGAAAAGCAACUGUCAGAAAGGGUGCCUGUUGCCCCCUCCCCCAUCCAACCUUUGGCCUCCUGAGCAGGUCCUGGCUUUCCUCAUCCCUCUCUUCUACAGUGCCUGGUAGACAAGUGCUAAGUUGAAUACAAACUCUUGUUAAGACAUGUUCUGUAGCUUGGUAUUACAGAUGUGCUACUAGUGCAAUAAGGUGAAGGCUGUCUGCCCAGAGAAAUACAUAAUUUAUAUAAGAAAAUAAAUUUCAUAAAUAAACUGCC